AUGUCUUUCCUUCAUAAUCAUUCUUGUGAGUGCGUUAAGUCAGAAUUGGAUUUGUUUGCACUACCGUCUACACAAACUAGCAUUGAAAAUGGAUUGUGGAUUCAUUAUAAACCAAUUUCAUCUCUUGGUGAUGAUGGACCUAUCGAGUUUCAAGUUCCUGGGACCGGCGAUGACUACAUAGAUUUGUCUCAUACAUUACUCCACAUAAAGGCAAAAGUAUUAAAUCAAGAUUCAACUAACUUGGUAUCUACUACAAUAGUAGCACCUGUAAAUAAUUGGCUGCAUUCACUUUUUAGUCAACUUGAUGUUUAUUUAAACCAAAAACUUGUAUCACCACCUAAUAAUACCUAUGCAUAUCGAGCAUACAUGGAAACCCUUUUAAACUAUGCCCCUGCUGCUAAACAAUCUCAUCUUACUUGUAGUCUUUGGUAUGAGGAUACAGCAGGAAAAAUGGAUUCUACAGAUGGUAAAAACAUAGGAUUUGUUAAAAGACAGGAAUUGAUUAGUGAAAGUAAGGAAAUAGAAAUGAUUGGUCAUCUUCACGGUGACAUUUUUAACCAAGAUAAAUUUUUAAUUAAUGGUGUUGAAAUGAGUGUUAAAUUGGUUCGAUCAAGAGAGAGUUUUAAUUUAAUAGUUGGAUCAAACGAUGUAAAGUUUAAAGUUUGUAUUACGGACGCAACUCUUAUUGUUCGACGAGCACGAAUUAAUCCAAGUGUAUUACUCGCACAUCAAAAAGUUUUAGCUUCUACCACUGCUAAAUAUCCUAUUACUCGAGCUGAAGUAAAAGUUUUAACAAUUCCUUCGGGUGUUCAAGGAAAAACUCUUGAUAAUAUAUUUUUAGGACAGGUGCCGAAAAGAUGUAUAAUUGGAUUUGUGAACAAUUCUGCAUUUAAUGGUUCCCUUACUAAAAAUCCAUUUAACUUUGAAAACUAUGGUAUUAAUUCUUUCAGCUUAUAUAUUGAUGGUCAACAAAUACCUUCAAAAGCUUUGCAACCAUCUUUUAAUAAUAGCAUAUUUACAUCAGCAUAUCAUACUCUAUUCUCGGGAACUGGUAUUCACUUUCUUAAUGAAGGAAAUGGAAUCUCUUGUGAACAGUAUGGCAAAGGUUACUGUCUAUUAGCAUUUGACUUAACUCCUGAUUUAUCAGCUAACUCAUCAACUCAUUGGAAUCUCAUAAAGCAUGGUAGUGUAAGAAUAGAAGUACGAUUUGAAUCCUCAUUAAUACAAACAAUUAACUGUAUAGUUUAUGCUGAGUUUGAUAAUAUUAUUGAGAUAGAUAAAAACAGAAAUGUUACUGUAGACUAUAGUAGUUAA